UCGAGCUUGGCGGCUUGACGACUCCGAGUGGCUCUGACGAUGUCGUCGCCCAUCGUGGAGCUGUCGCGGAUCGUGCAAUUCAGUGCAGCGCAUCGAUUGUACGAGCCAGCAUGGUCCAAAGAACAGAAUCUGCGUCACUUUGGCGACUGCUCUCGCCUACACGGUCACAAUUACAAGCUCAAAGUCACGGUGAGGGGCUGCAUCCAAGCUGACGGGAUGGUCAUCAAUCUGCGCGAGCUCAAGGAGAUCCUACACGAGGAAAUCACGCUCGUUUACGAUCACAAGAACAUUGACGAGGACGUCGAGCAGUUCCGUGUCCGCGAUUCAGUCAAGUUGCAAAGCUCGGCGGAGUGGCUAGCCGUUCAGAUGUACGACGUGUUGAACGCGCGUCUCGACGAGGCCAAUAAGAAGGCCGACCGGAUCGAUGGCCCGCCCAAAGUCGUCGAGGUCGAGCUCUAUGAGACUGAAAAUAAUAUCGCCCGCUUCACAGGCGGAUAGACUCUCGCCGUGUCAGCUAACAUCGAUUUGACGCCAGACAUGCGAGCAAAACGACUGAAAGAGCUGUCGAUCGAGUCCAUACUGCCAGGUGGAGCUCACGACGACGUCGUCACCUCUUUGCGCGAGCUCAAGCAGGACGCGCAUGAUGACAACGUCGCUCGGUUGCGCUUCGUUGCGCUCAGCUGCUCGCCGGGCUGCUCUUGUCCAACUGGGCUGCGAUGCAGCAACAAGUAUCGCAUUGUCGCUGGAUUCGACCUGAAGCGAUAGUGCAAGCAAAUGCUCAAGCAAAGCAUCUCUGACAGUGGGCAGUUUCAGGCCGGCUCGACAGACGCGACCGACCGUAUUGGGCAGCGGCAGCAGGUGCUUGCUGGCCAAAUUCGCACUGCGUGCUAUGGU